AUACAGAUUGUGUAGAUCGUUGUUAGAAAGGCUUUUUGUAUUAUAUAGGUUAUAGUGUCAGUUAGUUCAGUGACAGUAAAGCGUGCCAGAGAGCCAGACCGAGCGGAACCGGACACUAGUCUGUCUCUGGUUCCGGUCAGGGAUCGGGUCCAGACAGUAAACCCGAAUCAAAAUGGCGUCCGCCGGUCCACCCGACACGGGCUUAUCCGCCCCUCCAGGGUCCAGCGGAGUUCGAAAGAUGACCAUGACGGAGGGGCCGGGAUCAUCUCAGAGUAUGAAGAAGACCAUUGGUCACCGAGGAGUUGACCCCACAGGAGAAACAACUUACAAAAAGACGACCUCAUCCGCCCUCAAAGGUGCCAUCCAGCUGGGUAUCACACACACUGUGGGCAGCCUCAGUCAGAAAGCAGAGAGAGACGUUCUCAUGCAGGACUUCUAUGUAGUAGAGAGCAUCUUCUUCCCCAGUGAAGGAAGUAAUCUGACCCCAGCGCAUCACCACGGUGACUUCAGGUUUAAGACCUACGCCCCCAUCGCCUUCCGAUAUUUCAGAGAACUCUUUGGCAUUCGACCUGACGAUUAUCUGUACUCUCUGUGUAAUGAUCCUUUGAUCGAAUUGUCCAACCCUGGAGCGAGUGGAUCGAUAUUUUAUGUGACAAGCGAUGAUGAGUUUAUUAUUAAAACAGUGCAGCACAAAGAGGCCGAGUUCCUGCAGAAGCUACUGCCCGGGUACUUCAUGAAUCUGAAUCAGAACAAGAGAACACUGCUCCCGAAGUUUUACGGCUUGUAUUGCGUGCAGGCGGGUGGAAAGAACAUCCGUAUCGUUGUAAUGAAUAACCUGUUGCCCCGCAGUGUGCCUAUGCACCUCAAAUACGACCUGAAGGGCUCCACGUGCAAGCGGCGUGCCUCCCCUAAAGAGAGAGAGAAGAGGGUCCCCACACACAAAGAUCUGGAUUUCAUCCAGGAUAUGCCCGAGGGCAUCCAGCUAGAACCAGACAACUACAACGCCCUCUCCAAAACCAUCCAGCGGGACUGCCUGCUGCUGCAGAGCUUUAAGAUUAUGGACUACAGUCUGUUGGCGGGGAUCCAUAAUGUAGAUCAGGCAUGUCGUGAGCGAGCAGGGGUAGUAGAGGGCGGGGGGUCCGAGGGGGCCGUGACACCAGACCACCGGAGGCCACAGGCUCAGAAAGCUCUCUACAGCACCGCGAUGGAGUCCAUACAGGGAGAGGCCAAAGGAAAAGGAGCCCUGGAAACAGAAGACCAAUGGGGAGGAAUCCCUGCACGCAACGGUAAAGGAGAGAGAACACUGAUUUAUAUUGGGAUCAUCGACAUAUUACAGUCAUACAGAUUUAUUAAAAAAAUCGAGCAUUCCUGGAAGGCCUUGGUUCACGAUGGGGACACAGUCUCUGUACAUCGGCCUGGAUUCUAUGCUGAGCGAUUCCAGCGUUUCAUGUGCAACACAGUUUUUAAGAAAGCACUAAAAUCAUCUCCCUCAAAGAAGAGUCGAAGUGGCUGUUCGAGUGUUGUGAGACGGCUUCCGAUGGGAAGCUCUGCUUCUGCGCCCGGUGGACAGACAGUAGCUGACGCCAGACUGGUGUACCAUACUCACCUUAACCAGACCGAUGCAGAAGGAGAGAGUGGCAUGCAGUCGGGCAGACCAGACCUGCUUCCACAAACUGAUCCUUUGGCUGGAAGCUCCAGUGAGUUUGCCGCAACAAAUCUGCCCAACUCCUUACCUGGCAGCACAGGAAUCACAUCAUCUUCACCUCCUCAAAGGUCAGUAGGGGUGGAGGUGCACAAAUCUGCAGUCGUUGAGCCGGACAGCAGCGCCCCUCACAGCACCGGAGCCGAAUACUUAGAUGAGCAGUUAAGUAACGAAGAUGCUGUUUCUCUCAAAUACAUCAUCCCAGAAACUGACAUUUGUUUUUAAGAGCAGAGCGACGACUGAUGACUGAUGAGAGUAGAGAAGAGCAGAGGAUUUAAACAAGAGAACCUCGAAAGAGAUGAGGGGUGCUUCUGAGCGCUGGUAUGAUGGGGGUUUCCUCUGAAUGGGAGCUUCGGAAAGAACUUCAGGUCCUCAGCACAAUGAAAUAUGUUUUAAAAGUGAGUGAGAGACUGAAAGAAUGAAGGAAAGCCACUGAGCGAGGAGUUUUAGUGGCUCUUUCUCUUGCACAGGAAAUGCUGCUAAAACCAAUUUUAACAACAAAAUUAUUCGAAAAGGGAUGUUAGUAUCUCAGUCACACUCUUUACAGCCUUUGUUCGCUCUUAAACAUUUAAAACAGAGCACGCAGGAUGCACAAACUCUUUAGUUUAGGCCUUUAAACUUUUUGAUUCUCUCUGAACUGAUGUUACUCGGACUAAUAGAUGCUAGCUCUCUGGUACACUUAUCUCAAAAGGCAUUAUGCUGUGACGGAGUGUGUGUCAGAGAUAAGCAGACAACUUAUAUUUCUCAGUGGCUUCUGUAUAUACAUAUAUGAAGGUUAGUUUUGUUAUAACUUUUUUUUUGGAGUAAAUCUGAUGAGAGCAUCUCAUUGGUGAGUUUUCCAGCUCUUUCUGUGUUUAAGACAGCAUGCGCCCUAAGAGCAACAACAACAAAAAAAAGACCAAAAAUGAUUCUCACUUUGUAAAAAGUAAAUACAUUUGAAUGUUACAGAUAAAAUAGCUUUGUAUAUUUAAAAUAUCCCACAUCCAGGCUUAGUAUUUCAUGGUUAGUUGCUUUACGAUUGCCUUCUUUCAAGUAGAUUUAGAUUUUUCUCUCAUUUAAUUCAGAUGCUUGGUUUGCUUUUGAAUCUCUGUGCAUCUGUCUUUUGAAUUAAAUUUUUUCUUCCACUGCCCAUACUCCUCCAUACUGGACCAAUCAACUGUCAAGGUUGCUUGCAUGCCAUAUUCUCUCUUUUCAGUGCACAUAUUGCUGCCAUGCCAAGGGUCCCCUAAUAUUUGUGUGCUGUGUUUGUGUAUAUAGUUCUGUAAAUAUUCAUUCUGUGUUCCUGUACGUUUUUAAAACGCUACUAAUGUGCUCUUGUGGCAUAGCAGCUAACAUGCGAGUAGUCUGACUUGAAUGAUUGAUGUUCCAUGACGUCUUCCAAUCAUCUGCCUUAAUGCAGCUAUUGAGAGCAACGCGUUGAUAUAAAAACACUCAUUUCUGCUGGAUACAGAAAUUACAUGGCCUCCAAACACUUGGGCCAACAUCGAAAAAUCAUUUCAGAUCUACCCAUCACAGAUGAUUUUGUUACACAAUGCAUGUUUGGUCUAGUUUUUUACUGGCCCUCUCAUAAAAUCCCAAGCAUUUUCUAUCAUUAUACACGAUGUGGUGUUUAGGCAAGACUGAAGCAAUUUGAAUUUAAGGAAUGUAAACUGAAUUUAUAUUCUUCUAACUGUUUGUACUGUCGAUGGAUGCAAAAUCAUAAAGUCAUUCAUUGCUAAUUUCCAACUGACAGGAUGUAAAAUCCUUUAUAACCAUGCAACUGUUCUUUAAUACAGUUGUACUUUUAGACUCGCCCUGAGAUUAAAUAAUCUAAGUGAAGAAGAAAAAAGAAAGAAAUGGACACUAAUGGGCUUUACUAGGGCACAUGUGAACACUAGUUUAUAGAGGAGCUGGAAAGAAAACCCGAAGAGCCUUCGGCUCAAUAAAAGCUCUCAAUGAAGCUGCCUUUCUUUUAUUGCUUCCAUUUGGCUCAUAACAUUUAACAGAGGAAAUGGGUUUUAAUGGAUCUAUCAUUUGACAGGCAUUACUUACAGUUUCUCUUUGGCUGUCACUCAAACAAUAGUCUGAGCUGAUGUCAGGGUUGGAUGCUUCUGUUACACACAGAUCUGAGACUGAUACCGCAGUCUUGAAGUAUUUAGAUGAAGGGCUGACUGUAGUCUUGAACAGUAUUGUGUUGUCCCAAAUAAAACAGUCGGUGAACCGCAUCAUGCAGGUUUGGGACCGAUGUGAUCUUUUGCAGAGGAUUUGCUUUUGCAGACCUGAAGAAAAUGCAGAUAGAAUAUGCAAAGGAAGUACAUUGUCAGUCUUUCACAAGACUGUAUUGAAGAACUUUUCUAUACAGCUUCACAGUGGAUGCAGUAUUUAUGCAUAUUCAAAUCGUUUUUAAAUGUUUGUUAAAAAUGUGUACCUGUGGACAGAAGUUACAGGGUUUGGGUUAGUGGGUAUCGUGAAGUUAAUUUUGUUUUGUCUUGCUCUUUUGUUUUGAAGCAUUUCAGCAACUUUUUCAAGUCUUUGUCAGAUGUUACACAUUAAAUCAUGUUACAGAACAUUUUUAUAAUGCACCUUAAUGCUGCACAGAACUGAAGUUUAAUCUAGAAAAAUCUACCCCACAACAAGCUAAUAUCACUAAAAACUAGAUCUAAACUUACAGUUUGUAAUUUGAAAGUAGAUCGAGGUUUAAGGAUUUGUAUCAACGUCGGUUUUGGCACUGAUUUUAAAAUCAAAUAUGUGCAAUUUGCUAUUUUCCUGGCAUGUUUUCUUUUUUGGGUCACACUGCAGGUUUUUGACAUUAUUUCUAAACUUUAAUCAUUUGUGAAUGUCGGAAAAUACCUAUAUUAACAUUUAACUCCAGAGAGCUACAGUACAGUAUGAUUAACAAUGCCCUGAUUAACAUUUUUACCUUUUAUAGUCAAUUUCUAUCCCCUCUCUGUUCAAAGUUAUUGGGUCUAUAAUGAUGUUACUUUUAUAAAACCUUGCACACAGUGUUCAUAUUCAUUUCAUUUUCCAAUGUGGUGCUUUUAUCUGAUCUUUUUAAUGGACCUUUUAGAUUGGAGGUUCUAAAAUGUAUAACUCAAAAACUGAUCUUUGAUCAGCUCUCAGUGGCUUCGUUUCACAGUUGGCUUGUGGGGUAGUUUUCUGGAAGCUCAGGAGUCUCUAAGCACACGGUAUAAAGUUGAUAUAGUUUUUUUUAAUUUACUCUUCACAAUUUAGGCCUCACUCUCAUUUCUGCUUCUGUGUGGGGGUUUAUUAUUUAUUAAUUUGUGUUUAUGGACUCAAGACAACAAUCACUGCUUUUCUCUGACCAACACUCAGUACUGAUUAAUUUUUCUAUUAUUAUGGGUAAGAAUGAUGUUCCGCUCCUCUAAACCACACUAAAACAUCUUAACAUCUUGACUUCAACAUCCCAAAAGGGAAUCUUUUGGUCUGGAAAUAAUACAAAUGUAAUGAAUAUGAAAGUUAAAUUGUGAAUGCAAUGUGAGCAGUCAAAUAGAGACCGCUUUUUCAUAUGCUUUGUCCAGUGUUUGUAUUAAAACAGAGAAACAGAUAUUUGCACAACAGACACAUCAGUUGUGCACACCAGAUUAAAUGCUGGCAAAGUAGACACUAAACAGACAACCAACCUACUGCAAUAUGAACGUUUCUGCCAAUGUAUUUCAGUUAUUGUAUUUAUU